AUGACGGACAUAUCCAAGCAAGCUCCUCAUACUGACGGAGCGGGCAAGGUAUGUCGCACACAUAGCAGCGUUGCAGAUAGCCGCAAUACAUGGUUUCGGCUAACAACGCUCCACCCAUGUGUCACAGUGGGCAUCGAAAGAUGGACAAUUUCGUCGGCAAACAUCCACCUUCAGGGAUGCCAUCUCUUCCGAUCCAGGCUCGUCUUUUCCUCCCGAAGUGGGACGCUAUCACCUCAUCGUCGCGCUAGCUUGCCCAUGGGCCCAUCGUGCACUCAUCGUGCGCGCACUCAAGGGCAUCGAUCAAGUAAAAGAUCUACUGCCCGUCCACACUGUCGAUUCAUUCUUGGGCCCCGAAGGGUGGACCUUUGAACCUUAUGGGGACGAUGUGACUGGAGGCGUCAAGACUGCUAAAGGAACGGGCAACAGGAUCCCAGGCCACGAGAGCAAGAAGCGGAUCAGGGACUUUUACAAGGCUGCGGAUCCCGAGUAUGCGGCUAGGUGCACGGUUCCCGUCAUUUGGGAUAACAAGAAGGGGACCAUUGUCAACAAUGAGUCUUCCGAAGUCAUCCGGUUUUUGAAUCACGCUUUUGAUCAAUUUCUGCCAGAGGACAAGAAGACACUCGACUUCUACCCCGAAAAGCUCAGAUCCGAGAUUGACUCUCUCAACGAAUGGGUGUACGAUACGGUCAACAACGGCGUCUACAAGAGGUGAGACGAGUGAAUCGCGUCUUGUGAGACUCGCAUGUCCACAUAGCUAACAUUGCGCUUGCCACCCUCGUCUCCAGCGGGUUCGCAACCACCCAGCAGGCGUACGAGUCUAACGUUGUGCCACUCUUCAAGUCUCUAGACAGGCUCGAAAAGCAUCUGCAAGAAGUUCACAAUUCUGGCGCACAGUUCCUCAUCGGAAGUCAGCUGACAGAGGCUGACAUUCGACUGUUCACGUGAGUUCACUGAGUGAUCUUCCUCCUUAUCGAAGUGGAUAAUAGUAUCGACGUUGAUGCGCGGAGUCCGCUCGUUUGCUCGGCCAGGACGAUUGUCCGCUUUGAUCCGGUCUACGUGCAGCACUUCAAGUGCAACCUUGGCACGAUCCGCGCUGAUUACCCAAACCUGCACAAGUGGCUGCGAAACUUGUACUGGAAGGUGGACUCCAAGGCAUUCAAAGAUACGACAGACUUUGAAAGUAUCAAGAAGCAUUACACUCAGAGUCAUGCCAACAUCGUGAGUGUCCUCGUCGAAGUUGCAACUCCCAAGAAAUUAUUGACCAACCUCGUGACGUAUGUUUCACUCCCACCAUAGAACCCCACUCGAAUCGUGCCAUUGGGCCCCGUCCCGGACAUUAAGCCUCUUGAUGCUUGA